AAUUCUUGUUUGACACAUUUUGACAUAAUGUUUUAAAAGCGAGACAGUUUCGGUGCUUAAUGAAUGAUUUAUUGAGUGAGUUCCGUUCCGAAAUUCGGAAAUAUUUCCUUGGCAUAAUAGGACUUGUUGUCUUGGCGACUGCGGAUUUUACAAAUAUUAUCGCUCUUGGGGCCCAGAGUCCGUGCAACGUGUAGGUGUUUCAUUCGAACUUUCCCCGAAUUUCGUUCGAUUUCCAUUUUCCCAAUGCUAAUGUAGAAAUCGCAGAACGCCCCCGAAGGGCAGACAGGUAAUAUUUAUCUCCAGCCCGCCCCAAUGAGCUCACAUUUAAUACGUGGUCGGAGGUAAACACGCACACGAAUCGUAUCUGCCGACAUGUCUAAUAGGAAAUUGGCUAGAAGCGGCCAACUAUUUGAGUUUCCCUCUGUUCCUCAGAUCUGGUGGUGUAUCGUAAUACUAGUACGCCCGGACUUGUAUAAAAUAAACAGGCAAAGGUACAAUAAAUUGAGGCAAACUUAUUUGUAUGUGUGCCCGAGCAACAAAAGUACAAGAAAAUACAAAUAUCGAACACAAUGGAAACAAUAAUGUGCGAAACGAUUGGAAAUGCGCCACAGUCGCUGACGCUGUCUCCACCGCCGUUGCCCCCUCUGUCUCUGUCUAUAUCUCUAUAUCUCUGGGCCAGUCCGGUCAGCGUCCGAUUCUCAGCCAGAAGCAGCCGGCUACCCGGAGGGCCAACAUCAAGUCGCAGGCGCGAAAAGGCAAUCGAUUGGAAUUAUCGGAGUAAUCGCUUAAAUUUAUAAAAUUCUAUCGGGUAUACAUUUUUUUAUAAAAUCGAAAAGAGUCUGCUCACUGAAAAUCUAUUCUAAGCAGUAAACGUGUUAAGCUCACCAAAAUACCUUCGUUUGGCAUCCAAGCAGGUGACAAGUGUUAAAGUGCAAUGUGCUAAUUAUGUCACACGGGGCGUAUGCGUGCUGUUGAAAGCCAAUAGCGAGUGAAAGCCAAAGUAAAAGGCACAAACGGGAAACAGAAAAUCGAGUCGAAUCGAAUCGAAAGAAAAGGAGAAGGUGGCAAAGAAAAAGGUCUAAACGGGCAUUCAAUACUUGUUGAGUUAUUAGCUGUGUGUGUUCGAGUGCGAUUGUGGAAACAAACAAAUGUCAACUGCCAAUGCCCCGAGAGUGUAAAAAGAAAGAUGUGAUAAAUACGAGCCGAAUCGCAGGGGAAUCGGAAGCGGAAUCGGAAUCCGUGGAAAACGAAAAUGAAGUGUCAGCGUUUCGGGAUGAAAUUAUCAAUUGGGCAAGCUGCUGCUGAAAUGUGAUUUAUCCACCUGCCUGCGGGUGAGGUGUUCUCCGGGUGUUAGCCGCGUGUAGAAGGUGUGUGCGUGUAGACAACAAAGGGAAAUAAUGUCAUGCAUUGGCUCGACGGCAUUUCUUUGGAUGACAAUUUAAUUAGCGGACGCGCCAGCGGCAGCAACGGCGACAACAGCGACGGCAAUCAGCGGAAAUCAACGCAGUCGAGCUCAUCGCCCACCAAAGCAAAACGAAGACGUCAUGCACACUAUAAGCUAAACAGCAGAUUGGACAGAAAGUCUUCGAGGGGCAUGAUAUACGAAAAUGAGGAGCUCAGGCUGCGCACCAUUAACAUUAAUGCAGAAGUGGAACGAGGGCAAUCGGACAUCAAGCGCCUGCGGCGGGAAAAUGAGCAACUGCGUCGGGAAAUCUGGACUCUGCGGGACGAGUGCGACAGGCUCAACAAGCGCUUCAAGGCAAAGCUCAAUGAACACGAGUUCGGCGGAUGCAGGGGCAGCGGGGGGAGUGGCGGCACCUGCCACGCCUACCGCUGCAGCGGCGGAGGCGGUGGGCGUGGGAGCGGAGGUUGUGAUGUAAACAGUGAUGACUCUGACUCAUGUGAUACGUGUCGUGGGGCAGACGACGGCCACUGCAGCGACGAGUGCUGCCAGGAGGGUGGAUCCUGUGCGCCGCUGAAGCCCCCACUUCCGCCGGAGGUGCCCAACCACCCGUCUCCAUCCAAGAACGAGGAGGGUGGCACUGGCAACCAGAACAAGGAGCAGCAGCCCAUGCACUUCGAUCACCUGUCGGUGGUCUCCGAGGAGACCCUGAGCAACCCGGAGCUGAUGCUCGUCCAGCAGCAGGAGCACCUCACCAUCUGCCCGCCAGACCCCCACGGAUCGCAGAGCACUCUGCCCAGCAUGAUGGGACCGCUCACCCCGCUGACGCCCAUCGAACUGGUGGCCAAUCAGCUGAACGACCUGCAGGCGAUGGUGCCACCAUUGUCCUACUUCGAGAACAUCCUGACGCAGCACAUGGGCGCACGUAAUGCGGCCCAAACGCCCUCUCCGGAGUUGGGAACGAGCUCGAGCACCACCACCGGCAAGACGAUGCGGCACACGAACGGCUGGGACUACAACCUGCAGUCGCCCUUCACGCAGCGCAAGUACUCCGAUAUGUCGUCGCCGUCCCGCUCGCCACCGCCACCCGUGAGUACGAUGACCACCUUCGUGCCCACGUCCACCCUGCAGACGAUGCCCAGGAUCGCCCUGAAUGCGCCACCGCAUCUGCCGGAAGGGGGCAACAUCGAAACGGUGGCCAUCACCACGAAUGCCGCGCAGCAUGCGCUCAACAGUCCGAAGCACUUCUUUGCGCCGAUCAAGCCGCGGUUGAGGCUCAACACCAAGUUAGCCAACCAGGGACAGGACCUGGAGCAGGAUGACCUACCGCCAGGAUCGCCGCCGCCGCCCCUGCGAGAUCCACCGGAUAUAUUCGUGAACAACGCCCUGGCCUCGCCCUAUCAGCGACGGGUGUCUCCACAAGUAAGUCCUCGUCACCGACGGUCCACUCAUUCGCAUUGCCACGCCCACAGCCACCAGCGCAGCCGCCAACGCCCACAGCCGACCCACUGCUCCCUGCAUCGGGCGGUGGUGGAUGUGGCCGCUGCCGUUGGUUUGGGGGAGGUGGGUCCGCACCCGGGAUCCAGUGUCCUGGACAUAUACACUGCUGCUCUGGCGGCAGCCGCUGCUGCCAGGUGCUCUCCACUUCCGACGGCCCGGUCCGCGGAACCCAUCUAUGCCACAGCACAAAAGCCCGGCCACAAUACGUGCAUCUCGGCCACGGCUUUCACACAGCCGGUGAUGACCAUCACCACCCACUCCACCAAGACCACCACUUCGCCACUGAGAUUGGCCGGCAAAGCGAAGGCCGUUGGCGAGGCCAAGAGGGUGGCCAAGUCCGCGGAGAACGUCAGUCAGACGGAUUCGGUCAACUUGGAGUCGAUUCUGAACGACAUCGAGACCAUUUCGGAGGACAUACUGGCCAUCCAGCUGGAGAAGAGCAAGUCGCGCGACAACCUAAGUCACAAUAACAACAAGGACGACGAUCGGGCGAAGAAACCCUAUCGCUCCGAGAUGAAUCUGUAUCUGCAGUACGACGGCACAAAUCCGACCAUAUCACCCGCCACAACGGAAACGGAAAUGGGAACGGCUACACCGGCAGUGACCUCGUCCAGUGAGUCGGGAAACAGUGGGAGCAGUAAGUUAGUGCGCCGCACCAGAUCCUUGGAGAGGGAGCACACCGACAGUCCUGCACCGCACAUUCCGGACCCCAUGGCUCCGUUCCCCGACAAGUGCACCUACCUGGGAUUCGAGCAGGUUAAUCAGGCAGCAGGUGGAGCCGGAGUGCCUCCCCAAUCACCGAAUGGCCAGAGGCCGCCCAUUGCAACCAAGCCAAACGUACCGCUAAAGGCACCGCCCCCGCUGCCACCCGCUCGACGGCCAACCAUGCCCUCAGAACCACCGCCCCCGCCUCCAACCACUUCCGCUUCCGGCGUCAUCGGUCUGCCGCCCAACAAGAGCCACCUGUACAAGUCACUGGCUACGGCGGCUGCCAAAAGAGCCAUCUUCCGCUCCUCGCCGUCGCAGUUAACCAGAUCCCUGGAUGUGGAUCUUACGGGGACGGAGGGCGGGGACCAGGCAGCUGCUGCAAAUAUGGAUGAGUUGGCGAGGCGAAAGGCGCGACGCGUGUCCAUCGUGUGUGGAUCCGGACAGGGGGCCCAGCCGGAUGAGGCGGCCACUCCCGUGACUUCCCUGCCCAUGGCCACCGCCAGCUGUGUGGACCUGAGCACCGUGCUCACCCACCCGACCAUCAAGGCCUUCAAGAUGAGUCACAGCACUCCCAGUUCGCCGCAUUCCUCGCGUCGCCGCACCAACAGCAACUCGAUGGCACCUCCACCGGGAGCGCCGGCGGGUGGGGGACACCCCGAGGUCGGGGCCACUGCGUCGGCACCGCCCAGCACCACCCACCACCACCACCAUCGCAAGGAGGGCAGCGAUCCGGUUCCCAUGACGGCCACCGUCAGUCGGACCAAGUGCUCCAGGCGGCACUCCGAGGGCACUGUUCACACGUUGCACAGGAACAGCGCCGCCAGCGGAGGAGGAGGAGGAGGAGGUCACCACCACCACAGCCACGGGCACCACCACCCACACAGCGGGAUGGUGAUCAGCAGCAACCCGCACCACAGCCACCAUUCCCACCAGGACAGCAACCACGAGACGGCCACCUCGCUGUCCGAUCGCAACUCCAACAGCUUCGGCUCCUCGCGGGAAUCCUCCACGAGCUUCAGCAUGCGCUCCAGCCGCCGGAAGAUCUCGGUCAGCUCGCACACGGGCGGCAAGAUUCCGUGGUGCGGCUGCUGGGGCAACGGGUGCCUCUAGAUUGGGGAAGGGUCUCUUCAUCUACCGUCCAGGAACAAAACUCAGUGUAAUUCACUUAGCUGGCUUUCAUAAAAUUACCUAAUCAUAUACAGAAACUAGGAGAUUUGUCGAGAUUUUAAAUGUAUGCAUUUCAUUUUUGAAAAUAGUGGAUAGUUUAAAGGAAUAGACGACAAAUUUUCCUUUAGAACGAAUCAAUAUCCUGUCAAAGAACCCACUUUUAAAACAUGAAUACAAAUAUAGCUCCUAUUAAAAACAAAAGACAUUAAAAUACGGCAUUGCUCCGAACAACGGCGUAAAAGUCCAUUAAAAAUCAUAAAAAUAAUUGGAAAUUUGUUCAGCUAGUCUGAAUUGUUAGGCAGGAAUUGGAAUCACGGAGUAAAAUAAGUUGAAGCCAUUAUUAUUUGAAUGUCAAUUUUAUAAUAUACAAUUUGAUUAUCUUGCAUUGACUAAAAGCAAAGCUUAACAUUGUUAAACAAACGUGCUUACCAAAAAAUCAUUAUGCUCUAAAUAGUUGUUCUAAAUAGUUGUUUUUCACUUUGAUUUUAUUUCUCUUUAAAAUUUGUUGUAAUAACAGUUUAUAUAAACACUCAUUCUGAUUUUUCCAAAAGUAACCUAGGUAUUGGCCACAGCUAAGUGAAUUAUACUGUCUUCCAUUCAUGAGUGUACAUUUAUAGAUCUUCAUAUAUCCAAUUUACGUGUUUGUAUAUGGCUUUUUAAGUGUAGAUUGCUUAAGAAAAGGGGCCCAGCAUUUUGUUUCUAGAAACAAAGUACAAAACAAUUUUAAACAGUUUAAAAUUUAACCAGCCCUAUUCAAAAUUAAUACCAAUAUUUGUUGUACAUAUUAUUAUAGAAGCAAUUAAGUUGUAGCAUUUAAACUAUGACCUCGAACUAGAAAUCAUGUAAAUUCUAUGAACCAACCUAUGUUAUAAUUGUUGCUGAAUUCGGAGAGAAUACAAAUCAGAAAUAUAAAAUAGA